UGUCAAGAAGGGGCUGAUAUUUUAAGUGCCAGUUGUAUUAUUAAUGACGGCUACUUAUUUCCUUAUUUAAUGAUUAAAUUUAGUUUUGCAUAUUAGGUAGACUGUUUCAAUUAGUUAAAAAUGUCAGGGUUUGAUGAUAAUCCAUUCGGUGAACCUACUGUUGACAAUCCGUUUGCGGACCCAUCAGUGACCCAGGUAACAAAACAUGCCACUAAUGCUACCCAGGGAUUAGAAGACUACAAUCCCUUUGCAGACCAAGCACCUCAGAGAAAUGCAGCACCGGUGCGAGGCGCAGCUAACCCACCCUACCAACCCUCCUCACAGCCUGCUAUCAUGCAGCCCACACAGGAGGUGGCCCCGCCUGCGUAUGCCAAGACUGCGCAGCAGACACAGCCCCAGCAACUGUCGGCCGCUGAGUUCCAGGCUGAAUUAGACCGUCGACAAGAAGAGCUAGAGAGAAAAGCUGCCGAGCUUGCGAGGAGAGAAGAAGAACUCAGGAAUGCCCCAUACAAUGUGAGGAGAAACAAUUGGCCCCCGCUACCAGAGAACAACUGUUGUGGUCUUCAACCUUGUUUCUAUCAAGACAUCAACGUUGAGAUUCCUGUUGAGUUUCAACCAAUUGUGCGCAACCUGUAUUAUCUCUGGAUGUUCCACGCAGCACUGAUGGUGAUCAAUGUUAUCGGAGGUCUGCUCCUCAUCCUUCACAACGCAGACUUCAGCACCUUCGGUGUAGGAGUGAUAUACACUCUCAUCUUCACUCCCUUCUCCUUCAUCUGCUGGUACCGUCCUAUCUAUAAAGCCUUCAGAAGUGACAGUUCCUUCAACUUUAUGGUGUUCUUCUUCAUAUUCUUCUUCCAGAUGGUCAUCACCAUCUUUCAAGCCCUGGGACUACCGGGCGCCGGCACUUGUGGGCUCGCCACAGCUCUAAAGACCUUUGAUGGAACUCCCUCUGGCAUUGUGAUUGGAAUCUUCUUGCUUCUCGUCGCCGCUGGCUUCUGUUGUGCUGCCUUUAUUGAUUUCUUGCUCCUAGCCAAGGUACACCGUAUCUACCGCUCUACUGGAGCCAGUUUUGCCAAGGCACAGCAGGAGUUCACUUCGGAGAUCAUGCGUAACCAGCAUGUGCGUGACGCUGCUGGUAACAUAGUCAGUUCUGCUGUGCAAAGUCAGUUCAACCAACCGCGCCAGCCCUCCUCAAGAUACUAACUACCUCAGGAGAAGGAGUGAAAUGGUUCCAACCCAGCUAACUAGACCACUUUUGGUCUGAAUGCUUUCUCUAUAUGGUUGAUGUAAGUUAUGUAUAGACUGGCUAUAAAACAUUUUGAUUUUACAUCUGAUAAACUUGUCGAUUGUCGUAGGCUUUAUUUAAGUUUUGCCUUCUUAUUUCAAUUAUUUAUUAGUAUUAGUCAUAAAGUAAGUUAUUAAAGACAAGCCUGGUUUGCGUAUAUUAAAUUUAUUAGUAAUGAGUAACCCAAAGAUGAAGGAAAACUUUCAAGUUAAGACUUGUAGUAAGGCUAUAAUGUACUUACAUUGUGAUGAGUUAAAGGUGUUAAGUUAUGUGUAGUUUGUUUCAACCACCAUAUUAUUUAUGUGGUUUGUUUGUUUGGAAACAUUGUCAAAAUGUUUAAAUAAAUGUGUUUUUCCAGUA